AUGGCAACACACUCGGCGACGCCUCAAGGAAGGAAACGACACCCACAGGCGCCGUCGUCGCCGGCCCGACCAAAACCGGACAGGAUUUUCAUCCGUAAUGUUGCACACAUCCACACCUCCGAGCAACCUGUCGUUGAAGCUGCGCAGCCGGGUCCUCCCACACCAGCACUGUCGAGAGAGCGCGCCACCACAACCACCAACAACCCAGGCGAGGAACCGCAGUCACCUACCACGCCGUGCAGGGGCCAGGACCACCACGACGGCCUUCACCCACACCAGGGGACUGCCACGCGAAGGAACCAGCUUCAGGCCCAAAUCGAGACCGAGAAUGGAUCUGGAUCUGACCCGCACCGCACCUCCAUCCACCGCUCCGGCGCCAACGCCUCUGGGGGCAUCACCGCCCGCCCACCACACGGAGACGGCCGGCCGGCCGCUGCCCGCCAGGAACCCUACCUGGCUGGGCUUCCACAGCGCCGCCACCUCCAUGGCAGAGGGCUUGCGCCGCCGCCACCCACUAGCGCCAGCGCCCCGCCCUCCAUCGCCUCUCUGCAGCCUCCCUCGCCUUGCUCCACAUCGCCACCGCUCCACCGCGCUCCCCGCCGUGCGUCGACGAGCGCCACCAAGAUCCGCGCCGUCGGCCACCCCAUCUCCAAGGCAGACCCGAAGACGACCUGCUCCGCGCGAAGAGGUUCGUCGGGGGCGCCGCUAGCACCCGCCGCCUUCGACGGUCGGGCGUGGCCGCCACCGCCGGCACUGGCGGCGGCGGCGGCUGGGGGAGGAGAUCCGGCGGCCUUCUGA